AUGCAUUCGACGCAAUCAUCUGUGGACUUUGAGAAAAUGCAGAUGACAAAGCCAUUUUAUGGGCCGCUGCAGCGAACCUACCAUCCCGCCUUUUGGCUGCAAUAUCGGCAGUCAAGUCAUCAGUCGCUAGUAUUGCUCAAAGUUCAAAGGAUUCAGAUGGACAAUCAGCUGCCUGAUGCGGUCUUCCCCAUUGUUCUGCAUCGGUCCUUGGCCCCUAUGACCAGGCAGCCUAUGCUGGAAGCGGCCUUGCUGCUGCAUCACACCCACUGGCUGAACUCGGUCAAGUAUCUCAAAGUCUUGCUGCAGGAACUGCACCUCAGUGUGGACAAGGGCUUCCUCCUUUCUGUCUAUGAUGCUUUCAGUGCAGUGCUGCCCAGCCUAGAUGAGAAAAUGAAGCUCAAGUCCGAUAUGAAGAUGAAUUAUGCUCCUCUGCAUUGUUUCAAGCCAGAUAUCGACACCUCAAAUGCCCAGCGAACUAUGUUUGAAUUUAUUCACCUGUCACCUGUGAAGGUACACCUAAGCUUCAGCCCAAGAGGCACUGUACAGAAGGCCAACAAAGACGGCCUUGAUGUUCUGGAUGGCUUCCUCAACUUGGUUGGUGCUACGAUCAGUGAAUUCAAGGAUGUAGAGCUCAGGUUGGCCUUCUUCGAGCAGAAAGGUCGGCUUGUGUCACCAGCAAAGCUGCUGAAGGACAUCAGGGCACACUAUGCCUUGCAAGUCGUGCAGCAGUGUUACGUCCUCAUCCUGGGCAUGGAUGUGCUGGGCAACCCUUACACUGUCAUCAGGGACUUCACCAAGGGCUGCGGAGACUUCUUCUACCAACCCUCCCUGGGAUCUGUUCAGAGCCCAGAAGAAUUUGCUGAAGGUCUGUCACGAGGUGCACAUAGCCUGAUGGGCCAUGUCAUUGGAAACCCGGCUGCUGCCGUUGCUCAGAUCACAGGAUCUCUGGGGCAGGCUGUACUUUCCUUUGAUGACCAUUACCAGAAUGUGAGAAUUUUUUCAACUGGACCAUAA